CUUCCAUAACCCCAGAAGCCUGUCCAUAGUACCACAGGACAUUUGCAGGGGGCAGGGGCAGGAUCAUAGCCUUCUGGCCAAGCACAGCCCCAGCCUGUGUGUGUACAGGGACUUUUAUACUUUUAAAGGGAUAUGGGGCAGAAAACACACAAUACAGGACAAGGAAUAUGUGUCCUGUUAGGUCUGAGAGAAGAGGGAGGAAGAAGAGGGGAAGAGGGGAAAGAGGUCCGUGGAAGGAGUGGAGUGGACGGCCGUGAAAGUAGUGGGUGGUGGUGGCUGCAAAGAUAAGAAAUAUAAAAUAUAAGUAACCUUUAUUUUGGGAAUGCAGGGAGAGACUCCCCCUGGCCCCGGGGUGCAGCAUCUCUACUGCACCCAGGGCCGGUGGUCUCUCUCUGGAACACACUCUCCCUUUCUUCUUCUUCUCUAACACGUGGAGUGAGGCCCAUAAGUAACCUCUGUCUGGGGCGGACCCCAAGGGGCAUUAGGGAUGCACAGGUAUUUCAUUGGCACACGCCUGGCGCCAGAAACAGGUUCCCAGGGAUGGGGGUAUAGGGUUACAGGCAAAUCUAUAGGGACGGGGGAGGCAGGAGCCCCCUAACUUGGCUUCGGCUUUUCCUGGUUAAAGUGUCCGGUCUGGGCCAGCAACUCUUUCAUGUCCCACCAGUUUUGAAACAUUUUCCAUCUGGCCUUUUGGUAAAACUGUUUGUGGGUUCUAGGCUUAGGCUGUGUCACAUGCUCAGGUUUUGAGCGCUGUGUUUCCAGCAGCCUGUGUCUCUGUGAGCUCCAGACAUGAGGUCUUCCAGGUCCCACCGGCCGUGUACCAAGGUGAAGCAUAUUUAUUCCAGCUGACUCUCUUCAUGAAUUGAUAGUGCCACUCCCCACAUGCUCUUCUGCAGUUUGCAAACCUGGCUUCGUUUUUAAUCACCUGGGAGACCCUAAAAACACUGACGCCCAGGCCUUUCCUGCAGAGAGCCUGGCUGCACCCACGCAAGGCCCGGCGUGGCUCCCCUGCGCACUCCUCGAGCGAUUCUGCUGUGCAGCAGGCCAGCAGUGCGGCCUGUGUCUCUGGAACAUCCCAGCCCAUCUUGGCGGGCGGUUCUGAUUCACAUUUUUCAUUAGAAAUGCAUUCUACCAGUUUUUCUUCAACUUCACGACAUCAAUGUGGCUUGGGGGAAUUUUAACUGAGAUGGUUUUCAAAUGUGAAGAGCAAAUGAAACAGACAACGCAGAGCCCAGUGACACAGAACGUGAAAGAUAGGAACUGAGAGGAGCAUGCUAAAAACAGAAAGAAAAAAAGAUGCUCGGAAUUUCAAUACACAAAUCACUGAGUAGAUGUCUUGCUAUCUGGGUGUCUAUUUUCAAAAGUGCUAUUAACAUAAACACAGCAGUAAUCUGGGCACCAUGCUCUUUUUUUCAAAGUUGUUAAGAAUUAUGUUAGCGUGCAGGUGUUACAUGCAGUUACUCAGAAUCAGAAAGAAGGCUGAUGGGGGUUACAAGAUCUCCAUCUAUUUAUCUCUUUGCAACCAACCACGUCCAGCCUGUUUCUUCAAUACUUCCUCUUGCUAAUGAAGGCACUGGCUGGGGCUGGGCUGGGCUUUCCCAUCUGUCAUAAGCCUGCAAGAUUUGAAUGUGCUCUGGUGUCCCUCACUGACCUCAGCAGGUAUCCCAGGCUGGAAUCUGAGCAGGAAUAACAGCAAGUGCGGAGGCAAGGCACAUCAAAGCAGAGAUGGGAAGUGAAAGAGCCCUCGUUCUGGACAGAUUAGCAAGCAAUGUGGCAAAACGAAAGAGCUCAAUGCCUCAGAAAUUCAUUGGUGAGAAGCGUCACUGCUUUGACGUAACCUAUAACUCCAGCUACCUGUAUGAGAAGGACAGCGAGAUGAUGCAGACCCGCAUGAUGGACCAGGCCAUUAAUAAUGCCAUCGGUUACCUUGGCGCCGAGGCCCUGCGCCCCCUGGUCCAGACACCACCCGUGCCCCCGUCCUCUGAAAUGGUUCCAGUCAUCAGCAGCAUGUACCCCAUAGCCCUCACCCGGGCUGAGGUGCCCAACGGUACCCCCCAGGAGCUAGACAAGAAGAGCAUCCCCCUGCCAGAGAAGAGCCUGUCUUCCGAAAGAGGCCUCUCCCCCAACAACAGUGGCCACGACUCCACAGACACUGACAGCAACCAUGAAGAGCGCCAGAACCCUCUCUACCAGCAGAACCACGUGCUCCUGCCCCGGGCCCGCAACGGGGUGCCACUCUUGAAGGAGGCGCCCCGUGCCUACGAACUCCUCAAGCCCCCGCCACUCUGCCCGAGAGACUCGGUUAAGGUGAUCACCAAAGACGGGGAGGUGACCGACGUGUUCCGCUGUGACCACUGCCGCGUGCUUUUCCUAGAUUACGUGAUGUUCACCAUCCACAUGGGCUGUCACGGCUUCCGCGACCCCUUCGAGUGCAACAUGUGUGGGUACCGGAGCCAAGACCGGUACGAGUUCUCUUCACACAUAGCCAGGGGCGAGCACAGAGCCACGCUCAAGUAGAGCAGCCCAUAGAAACUAUACCCUCGUCGAUUGCUUUCAAGUCCACGAGGCUUCCCGUGCCAGGCUCAGUAAGCAGAGAAACAAUGCCUGAGCAGAAACGGUUGGUUGCUACUUGUGGGAUACCUUUGUUUUCCCACUAGUUGAAUUUUAUGGAAUUUAAAAGACCAAAGAAGUCUUUAGUUACUCUUUCUUUCUUUUCUUUUCUUUCUUUCUUUUAUUUUUUAUUUUUAUUUUUAUUUUUUAUUUUUUUUGAGACAAGAUCUCACUGUGUAGUCAGACUGGUCUCAAACUCACAGCAGUCCUCCUGCCUCAGCCUCCUGAGUGCUGGGAGUACUGGUGUGCACUGCCACGCCUGGCUUAGACCUUACUCUUGGCAGCAGUAGAAGUGAAGCAGCUUUCCAGUGUAGCACCAUGAGAAUUUUUUUUUUUUUUUUCUACUGGGAAUUGAACCCAAAGCCUCCAUGCAGAACCACACCCCGGCCCUGUAAAUCUUUUUUCUUUUGAGACAGUCUUGCCGAAUCGCCAAGCUGGCCUCCCUAGACGAGAGCCUGAGGGACUCCUGCCUCAGUCUGUCCCAGUGUUGGGGUCACAGGCAUGCAUCGGGACGCUCAGCAGCACUCGUCUUUAACCUGCAGUGUUUCCGGGUUCCCUUGGUGUACGGGAGCACAGGCCUGCACCUGCAUGCUAGGCGGCGCCUUUCUGAGGCUGCGUGGGUCCUACGCCUGGAUCCUCAGAGAAGCAGCAGCCCCAGGUACCGGCGACCGGCUCCCUUCCGUACCCAGCUCACGGCUCUGGGGCUUCCACGCACACCACGCAUCCAGUCCUUGGGCUUCCCUUCUCCUCCCUCCCCUUCUCGUCCCCUCCGCACACGAGGAAGUCUGCAGUCCGCCCUGAAAGCAGUGUCUGCGCCACUCCUGUCACACAAAGCCAGGGAGUCCCGGGACGCCGCGGCAGGCGGGGAGCCCCGUCCCUGGUGGGCGUCGUGCGGUCUUCAUCCUGCUGGAUUUGGACUGGGGAGACAGAAGGAGCCCACUUCCCUCUGCGGGAGCGUGGCUGUCUCCGCUGGCUGCUUCUGCGUCCGGAACACCAGCGACCCAGCAGCCGGGCUGCUUUGUGGGACGGAGCUCCCGAGGGGCACCUGUCACUGGGUCGCGCUCAGGGCAGCGGGCAGAACUGUGGCUGCCGGCCCUGCUGGCCCGGGUUGUCCGGCCCCCUGCGGGGCGCCUGGACUGCAAAAGGCAGGCUGACUUAGGGUCGCCCGUCCCCCAGGAGCUCGAGUUUCAGGGUGCACCUCACCGACCCAAAGCAGAGCCCCCGAGUGAGGAGGGGGUAGGCCGGCGCCCUGCUCCGUCGUCUGUCCGAACGCCGGUGGUCGCCAGUUUGCGCUCGGGACUGUGAGCGGAAGAGGCAGCCGCGGGGCGGAGCUGUGGUGGCAAAACUAUCAUGCCUGUUCCAGGAAGACUUUUGCUCCUCUUUCAGACAGCGCUUUGAAGUGUGCCGCUUUCUUUACCUGCAACCCAGUAGGAUGUGUAAUCACGACAGUGUGUUUUCAAUAAAUUGGACAGAACCCUCA